ACACGUCAAAAUUUAUAGAGGUUAUGUCAAAACGUCAAAAAAUAUAAACAUUUAAAAUCAUGAAUAUUUUGCCAAAAAAACGAUGGCAUGUUCGUACAAAAGAUAAUAUUGCAAGAGUUAGAAGAGAUGAAGCAAAAGCUUUGGAAGAGGAAAAGGCUCGUGAAGAAAGGAUAAAACUUGCUGAACGGGAAGCUAGAAGAAAAUUACUACUAAGUAAGAGCCGUAAUACAACAGGGUAUUUACCACUUGAUUCCAAAAUAAAAGAAGAUGCAGGAGAUAACAAACAUAUUAAUUUUUUUGAAGAGCUAGAAGAAGGCAAUGCUGAAUUAAAAGAAGUAAAUGUUGAACAUGAAAAGGAAAAGAAAGAGGAAAGGGAGAAAUAUGAAAAACAGAUUGGUUAUUUAACUUAUCUCGGACAAGAUACUAAUGAAGCAUUAGGCAAAAAAAGUUGGUACAACAUUGCCCCAGAUAGAUCAGAAGUUAAAGUUGAAGUGAAUUUAAAAAGUAAAAUACGUGAAGAUCCACUACAUGUUAUGAAAAAGUACACCAAUGAUAAAAAAGACACAAAAGACGAUAGCUUAAGCAAUAACAGAAUCAAACAACCCCUAAUACACACAAAAGAAUCUGAUAGAAAACAUAAAAAACACAAGAAGCAUAAGAGACAAAGGUCAAGCUCCUCUGAUUCUGAUGAAUCUGAAAGUAAACGAAAUAAACAAAGGGACCUUGAACUACUUAGAAUGAAAAGACUGAAAAGAGAAAAUGAAGAAAGGUCAAAAGCUAAUGCACUUUUGUCAAAAUUGAAUGAUACACAUCAAAAGGAUAAAGAUACUACAGAUGCAACCAACUUUAAAGCAAAAUAUAAUGCACAGUUUAAUCCUCAUUUAGCUAAACAAAAUUAUAUGCAUCAAUAAAAAAAUGUAUAUACUUCAUUAAAGCUGCAAUAGAAA